AUGGAAGGAAGCUACAACAGGCCAAGUAACUUCCAGUACCAGAGUGACAGGAGGAUGGAGAUUGUAAGUGGGAAGGGAAACCAGAUUUACGGCGGCGGAGGUAUUAUUAGGUCACCGGCGAGAACGUCAACGUCGUCGUCGAAGCCGUGGGGAGGGUUGACUGAUCCGGAGAGCAAGAGGAGGAAGAGGAUCGCCCACUACAAAGUGUAUACGAUUGAAGGCAGGGUGAAGGCUUCUUUCAGGAACGGCAUUCGCUGGAUCAAAUCCAAGUGCUCUGAUUUUAUCCAUGUCUUCUAA